CACUGUAUGUAUUAAAUAGUCCAUAAAAGGCUGAUGAAAUCAAGAUUUAGAUCCCUUUAGGAACAAAGGAAACCCAUUUUGGCCAUUGAGUCCCAAUGUAGGAGAAAAUGGCUGCGCCUGCAUUCAGCCUUCUUUCUGCUCUCUGUAGGAAGAACUGAAGGCUGUGCUUCUAAUAGCUGAAUCUAGCAUGGUGCUUCAAUCUGAUUGGCCAGAGAGGGAACUGCUGUUAACCAGCCAAUUGCCCAAGCACCGCAGAAUAUCAAACAAUGUUGGGAAUGGUGGAAUGGAUUGAGAAAUGUAUCACAACUGCAAGACAAAAACUAACAUUAGACGUUUAAGCAAAAUAAUCACCGUUUUAAUUUUUUUGUUUAUAUGAGAUGACCCCCCGUGAAAGUUCAUUUUGCUGGCACAUUGUGAAUGCAACACUCAAAACGUAUUCCGGAAUAAAUGUCCAAAUAAAAACAAAACCGCAGUUCGUUUCUAAAACGAAUCUUUUGCGCUUUCAGCGCGUGUCCCAAUUCAGUUUUAACAACCUUCCCCAGCGUUGCUCCUCCAUGUCCAUCUUGUAUUUAACGUCUGCGUAAAUCUAUCGCGCAGAUUCAACGCGUUCAAAAUGUUCGUUUUUCCGCUCGAAAAUCAAAAUACGUUCACGUCCCACACGUUUAUCCCGCAUAACUCGACGUCUGCGUGUUUCUGACGGACGCACAAAAAUUCUGCUUCAGCGUAACAAUUAAAAACAAUAAAUCGAAAGUGCGUGUCGAAUGUGCCGGAAGGUUGAGAUAGUGGUGUAUUGUGGGAGAGACAGAAACCCCAGACUAGAGGCACACAAUAUGUGUUGGCUCGCAAAAAGGAGGCAGUAUCUUUAAAAUCAUGUAAUGUGAUCGGCGAAAGGUUCAAGAUCUAGCCGUUUUAUAUAAAACUACUCGAUCGGGCACACAAUGUCCAGACCUGGAGAAAGAAAUAAGCUAAAUGAAGAUCACGGUAGAAGACAGAGUUCAAGUUUGGCGAACGGAAUGGAGAACAGCCAUCCUAUCUGCAGUUCGGGAGAGAAACGAAGUCAUCAUUGGAGAAGUUACAAGUUGAUUAUUGACCCAGCGUUGAAAAAGGGUUCGCACAAACUGUACCGCUACGAUGGACAGCACUUCAACGUGCCGAACCCCGGAAUGCCACCCGUGGACAUCGUCCGAGACCCGAGAAUCGGUCGUAUGUGGACUAAGUACAAGGAGACCGAUCUCCCGGUUCCUAAAUUUAAGAUCGAUGAGUGUUACAUCGGUCGUGUGCCUCCGAAGGAGGUCACGUUCGCCAAGCUCAACGACAACGUCCGAGAGGGCUUCCUCACCGACAUGUGCAAGAAGUUCGGCGACAUCGAGGAGGUGGAAAUUUUAUACAAUCCGAAGAACAAAAAACAUCUCGGAAUAGCUAAAGUUGUUUUCGGAACCGUCAAGGCGGCGAAGGAUGCUGUGCAGAACUUGCACAACACGUCUGUCAUGGGCAACAUCAUCCACGUGGAGCUGGACCCUAAAGGUGAAAAUCGCCAGAGGUACUUCCAGCGUCUGAUCAAUGGAAGUUACACUCCGCUCACUCUUCCAGUUGGUGGUGAAGAGGCCUGUGAAGUUUCUCCACGAAGCUUGGCCGAAGCCCUGCUGCCUUUGCGAAGACUGUCCGAAGGCAGUUCUUCUGCAGUCGGUGGCACAGCCACGCCGGGCGGCACCAACACGCCCUUGUCCCUGGAUACGGCCUACUCCAGCCUAAGGCAGGAUACGCCACAGUCCCAGGGUACUCCGCACACCCCGCGCCCAUCAGGCACCCCGUUCUCUCAGGACUCCAGCUACUCCAGCAGGCAAGGCACUCCGGCGUUCCAGUCGAACCGUGCUGAAUCCUCAGGAGGCUACAAGUCGAGACGGCAUGAAACCAAAUUCCAGGACGCCUACAACCGAAGACCGGAAAGGCACUACGUCCACGGUACGGGAGGAGCGGCGCAUCGUGGCAAUGCAGAGCAACCGCCCAGUUUCAAGCAACAUCAGCCACCUGAGCCGCCGUCACCCGCUUUUGCACACACGCCACCGCCACCGAAUUUCAAAAAUGCUUUCUCUCCUUAUCAGCCCCCAAUGCCCCCAGUCUACCCUCACACAGAGCCUUCCUUCCACCAGCCUGUUCAGCGGGAAGUGGAUUAUAGGAGACAGCCUCAAGCUCCGCCGCCUCCGAGCACUGACUUCAUGCCUGUCAGAGACAGGCCUGCAACGCCGCCGAUCCCUGAACCGCCGCCCCCUGUGCCAGAAACCCAACCAGCUACGCCUCCCCCCUCCACGCCGGAGCCCUGCCAGUCGCUGGGCACCCCGACCCAGGACUCCGAGCGCAACAGCUUGGACUCGCGCAUUGAAAUGCUUCUGAAGCCCUACCUGAAUGAGCGCGGAGACUCGGACGCUGAGGUGCGCAUGGACGGGAGUCCGAUCUCCUCCUCGUCCUCUCAGCUCUCUCCUAUUCCGCCUCAGCGGCCGUCGCGGCCUUCAAGCACAGGCUUGGAGGACAUCAGCCCAACGCCGCUUCCUGAUUCGGACGAUGACGAGCCUGUUCGUGGUACUGCUUCCCUGUUGACAAACUCUAGGGCCAUGUCGCCCUCCAACAUGCACAGUAAAGGCGGGGUGGGAGAACCACGGACGCCCGUUGACAAAAUGGACACGGGCCAUCAGUCGUCAGGUGAAGACAUGGAGAUUUCUGACGAUGAGAUGCCUGGCACACCGAUCGCUAGCGGGGACUGUGCCAAAAGCAUUGUGGUCAACUCUGCGAUGUCUCCGAUGCAGACCAUUCCCAUGCCCCCGCCAGGGUUCCCCCCACUGCCCCCUCCACAGGCUGGCUUCCCCCUGCCACCGCCGCCUAUUCCAACCGUUCCGCACCUGGCCGGCCCACCUGGCGUUGCCCCCCAUCCGAUGCUUCACCUGGCACAUUAUCCACCUGCCAUAAUGCCCAUUAUGCAGAUGGACCUGAUGAGCUCCUUACCACAGUGGGGCAGCGUUCACAUGUCCUUCCAGAUGCAGACUCAGAUGUUAAGUCGCAUGGCGCAGAGCCAGCGGCCUUACCCUUACCCUCACUUCAUCAGCGGGGCUGCUGCAAGCGCCGGCGCUGCUGCUGCUGCCGCCGCUGCCAUGCAGUUUGGGGGCCCGUAUCCACAUCUGUCCAUGGUUGGUGCGCCUACAGGCCAAGUGGCUCACGGGCAACCCUGGCCCAUGCCCAACAUGCCCAAGUUCAACCCUGCUGUUCCCCCUCCAGGCUAUGAGCCCCAAAAGGAAGACCCGCACAAAGCAACUGUGGAUGGAGUGCUUCUGGUUAUUCUCAAGGAGCUGAAGGCCAUCAUGAAAAGAGAUCUUAACCGCAAGAUGGUGGAGGUGGUGGCCUUCAGAGCGUUUGAUGAGUGGUGGGACAAACAGGAGCGUUCGGCUAAGGCUACGCUUACACCUGUGAAGACAGGUGAGGGCAAAGACGAGGAAAAAGAACGGGCCAAACCCAAAGAGACUAUAUCCUCAAGCUUACUGGAAAACUGGAACAAGGUUGAAGGUCUGGGCUUUGAGGGAAUGGGCCUCAGCAUAGGCUUGCGCGGUGCCAUUCGGUUACCAUCCUUCAAGGUUAAGAGGAAACAGCCCCCUGAGCCGACAUCUACCAUUGACAACAAGAGAGUGCGACCAUCCACACCUGUCGAUGAUGAGCUGGAAGAUGAAGAAUCAGAAAGAACAGAUCUUCGCACGGAUGGAUCCAGAACGGAUGGCGGUGGUUCUUCUGCCAAGAGAAGGCCAGCCAGACCUCUGGAGCUGGACAGCGAAGGUGAGGAGGAGGAGGAAACCUCUGGGAAAGAGGAGUCAUCGCUUUCAGACCAUGAAGAGGAGCCAGUGGAAGAAGCCUCUGUGAGGUUGUCCUCUGGCACGGAUAUGGAGGACGAGGAAGAUGAUGAAAAGAAGAGCGAAUCAGACUCCAGCGAGAGUGAAUCAUCUGACUCAUCAGAUGACGAGUCUUCUAGCUCAUCGUCCUCCUCCAAAUCUGAUUCUGAUUCAUCUGGGAGCGACAGCUCGUCUGACUACGAAUCGAGUUCAGGGGAGGAAGAGGAGGAAGAAGAAGAGCAGGCAGUGGGAAUGGAGGAUGAAGAUGAAGACGAUGCACAAACCUCAUCGACGUCCUCAUCUUCCUCAUCCUCGUCUUCUGAAGACGAAGAUGUUGAGGUAAAAGCUCCCAGUACCCCCACAGGACCACCACCAGAAGAGGAACCAAACGAGCUGGGCAGGCUGGACGCGUUAGAUGAGGCAGAGAUCGAUCAGAAACAUACUGCGGUGAGCUCAAUCAAGUCUGAAGACGACGUGUGGCCUCCAUCACCCAAAGGAUUGCCAGCUGAUGAACCUGACAUUGAGUUGCCAGUCAGUAUUCCAGUGCCCAAAGCUGAACCUGCCCUGGAGGAUGUCAGUAGCUUGCGGCCACCCACCCCAACAGGUUCGUUUGCCGACAGCGAUCAGGACACCCGACCAAAGAUCCCUGCAGAAGACGUUCCCCGUACCCCCGGUCGUGAUGGCCCUGUUUCCCUAGAAUCAGAGGCCGCGAUCCCUUGCUCUCUUCCUACGCCCUCAAUGCACCUUCCUCUUCCCCCCAAUCAUGCCCUUGAAGCUCGAUCCCUUCUGCCGCCUCCUGAAGCUUUGCCGGAUAUGCCUGUCCGUGGGCGGUUGCCUACGGAAGAGGACAUCCCACGCACACCGGGGAGAGAUCUUAUGGACAGACCCCGGGGCUUGGGCAAGUCUCAGAGCACCGAUACGGUUCCCGUUACACCAGGUAGCGACACGCCGCUAACAGGUAACAGCUUGAGCUCGCCGCAUAUCCUCGGCAGCCCUUUCUCUUACCCCGCUCAAUCCCCUGUCCUCAGCGCUGGUAUCCCUCGGACUCCGGGUAGAGAUCUUACUUUCACCCCAGCUUUCCCUGACUCUGCUGCUUUAUCUGCAGGCCUUCCCAUUCAUAGGAAGGCCUCGUCGGAGAGCUUGGAGGAGAAGUCUCUCUUUAAAGAGCCUCUACUCAGCGCCUCUCCCCAGGCCAGCCUACCUAACAAUGCAGUUUCUUCCCCAUUCCCUGGUCCUCCCCUUCCUGCUGCUUCACUUCCGGAGCCACCUCUGCCUCCCCAAGCCUCCUCUCCCACUUCUGUAGAGACUUCCUCUCCUCCUGCUCCAAAAGACCUGCCUGUUCCAAUGAUAGAUGUUCCUGUGCCCUUAGAUGCUACUCCAAGCAAGAGGAAACCGGGACGUCCCAAGUCUAAAAAGACACCUGUGGCGAGCCCUCCAGAUUCUGAAGAGCCUCUAACUCCAACGGUGGACUCUUUACCUCCAGAUCUACCAGUAAACGACCUGGACCUGUACCCAGACCACCCUCCAGAGACCUUCAAAGUAGAAGAUGGUGAUUCCACAGCCUUGGAGGAAGAGGAACCUCAAACCCAGACGGUCUUACCUGAGGUGGACGACAGGAUGUUUUACGUUGAGGAACCUAUUCAGAAGACGCGCCGACAGAGGCGGGGCUGGCAGGAGUUGUUGUUGUCCAUGCAUUCCCCUGUGACAUCACCACGCCGCCCCAGCUUCCUACCCCGCUCAGACUUUGAGGAGAUGACCAUCUUAUAUGACAUCUGGAAUGACGGCAUUGAUGAGGAGGACAUCCGCUACCUUAAGGUCACUUACGACAAGAUGCUUCAGCAGGACAAUGGCAACGACUGGCUCAACGACACCCUCUGGGUCCACCAUCCUCCUACCAACAUGGGCAGCACAUCAGGCCUGAAGAAGAAGAGGAAAGAGGAUGGUAUACGCGACCAUGUCACCGGCUGUGCCCGCAGCGAGGGCUACUACAAAAUCGACAAGAAAGACAAAAUGAAGUACCUAAACAGCUCACGCCUGCAGUCUGAAGAGCCUGAUGUGGACACUCAGGGGAAGAGUAUUCCAGCACAGCCCCAAGCGUCCACUAGGGCAGGAUCAGAGCGGCGGUCUGAACAGCGCCGCCUGCUGUCGUCCUUCAGCUGCGACAGUGACCUCCUUAAGUUCAACCAGCUCAAGUUUCGUAAAAAGAAGAUCCGUUUCUGUAAAAGUCACAUUCACGACUGGGGAUUGUUUGCCAUGGAACCUAUUGCUGCUGAUGAGAUGGUUAUCGAAUAUGUCGGCCAGAAUAUUCGACAGGUUAUUGCAGACAUGCGAGAGAAGCGCUAUGAGGAAGAGGGCAUCGGCAGUAGCUACAUGUUCCGUGUGGAUCAUGAUACCAUUAUAGACGCAACCAAAUGUGGCAACUUCGCCCGCUUCAUCAAUCACAGUUGCAAUCCAAACUGUUAUGCCAAGGUCAUCACUGUGGAGUCGCAGAAAAAGAUCGUCAUCUACUCCCGGCAGCCAAUAAAUGUCAACGAGGAGAUCACCUACGACUACAAGUUCCCCAUCGAGGACGAGAAGAUACCGUGCCUCUGUGGUGCAGAAAACUGCAGAGGAACCUUAAACUAACCCAAACAUAUAGGUGAGACUUAAUAUAUAAAAAAAACAUGCACUGCCCUAAAUAACAAGCCCAGACGUCCCGUCUUCUGGAGCUACAGAGGAAAUAGUGGAUGAGAUCCAACACAUCCACUGGAUAUAUCGUGCAGCUAAGUGUCUGGGACUUCUUUUUUCUACUUUUACAAGAUUGUUUACGAAUUACAGGUGCUCUUUCAAGCAUAAAAAAUGAGUUUUCUACCACUCUUCCAUUGACCUGUAUGGAAAUGAACUUAUUUUUUCCCCUCCCCGAAAAUAUCUGGGCACUCACUUUGUUGUCUGCCCGUUUGGCACAGUUUGUCUCGUCGGUCCCCUUUUCCCUCUGCGGUUUGGUUAUGGAGAGACCUCCCCGUCCCUGAACUUGGACCCCAAAUACUUAAGCUGCUCACAAACGCACAGAAUUAAUUUUUAAAAAAGCAUUUUUGUCCUUGUCCUCUCAGCCCGACUUGUAUGAAGUUUUGUUUAUCGUCGGACUUGCCCACAAGGUUUAGCAUUCGUUGUGACACUAACCAUUGUUGGGGGAAUUGGGUCAAUUGUCUUCAGUUUGCAGAACGUACAAAAAAAGCACACCUGCGCCGGCCACAAAACAAAUCGGUAGAAAAGGUCCACAGCUCAGGCAAAUUUACACAAAGCAAAACGCGCCUACGAUAUUUCAGCCAGCGCUGCGUGUGGCACCUUUGGACUGGAAAUUUUUUAAAGCAUCAAAAGCAAAACCAACAAUACACUACAGUUUAUUUUUCCUUUAUUCAAGCCAUUUUUUGCAACCGUCUCUGUGAUGUUUGGAUUUGAGUGUGUCUGCUGCCCUCUAGCUGUUGUAAGGUUUAAAAACAGAAGGCUGCUUCUCCUCAAUCAGACUCCAGUUUAAAGCUGUACAGCCUAGUAUUAACUCAUGUCGGCUCACUAUUUCAGCAGAUAAACAUGCAGAGGCAUCAUGCUUCAUGCAUGUUCAGUCAGCGAUGCUGCUAUUCUACAAAUGCGCACGUCUCUCCACCAGUUCACUUUAAGCGAAAUCCACCUGCAAUGGUUUCAGCAUGGGUUUUCAUAGUAUUAGGAGUUCUCGGUGAGCUCUGAUGCUUUUCAGCUAUUAAAUCUAAUCUAAAUAGAUGCACCUGUGUUUAGAAUAUCAAACCCUGGAGUAUUAGGUCCGUCGAUCUGAAAACCUCAGCAGUGGACCCAUAAAAUCGAAUAGAGUGCCAAAUAUGUACUUUAAUGUGUGACGGCUCCAAAGGCAAACCUACUUCCGUCUGUCUCCUCCUAUGUGUGUGUGUUUGUAUGAAUGAACCUAAGUUCACUGGUACUUCGCGUGAGCCUUUGGCUCAGUAUUUAACCAUCGAAAAAGCUAUCACAGCCUCACUCAGCCAAAUUUCCCUUUGAAAGCCGAAGACUGUCUGAUCUGCAAGGCACUGUGCUUUUCUUUGUGAUUUGGUUAUGUUUAUAAAUGCACUAGAGGCUUCCGACACCCCGCCCCCAUCAAAGCCAAACGGCACUCGUAAGACCAAGCUAUGAAACGUGUCCUUUACAUUAGUUCACUCACAGGGUAAGGUCUCCCCGCUUUUUGUUGUUUUUCUUUUUAAAUAUGUUUAUAUUGUACAGGAUCGUAAUGAUUUGUAUAAAGGAAUGAGGCUUUUUUAUCACGACGAUGGGGAGUGAUGAUGCAUCGUUCUGCUUUUAUGAGCGACGAAUGGAGUAUUUAAAAUGAAUAUUUUUCAGGGAUCAUUAUAUGAAAAAAGGGGUUGAAUAGCUAAUUUAAAGAAAAUGAUGCAUCUUGUACAUAACACAGAUUUGUACUUCCUUUUGAAAGAUUGUUUCUUGUAGAAACGUCUUUUUUUCUGCCCAUUUUCCUUUGGAUUCUUAUGUGUAAAUACUUUAACUGUGAAUAUAUAAAUAUAAAUAUAUAUAUUUUUGUUCCUGAGGAUUUGCUACAGCGUCACGGCUCGGAAAGGUCUAUCUGACAGUGAGUACAGAGAGCUGGUGGCAGUAUUUUCAGCUUGUGUCAAGCUUUAUUUUUUAUUUUCGGUUGUAAAUUCUAUGAAAAUCUGUUUGCAGUGUGGGGGGAAAAGCAUUAUCAUUCAGAAAUGGCAAGGGACAUUGGUGAAAUCGACCUUGAUCCCCUGUCUAUUUAUUAUACCACAAAUGUAUGGAAAAAAGAUCAUGGAAAAAUAAAGGAUUUUUUUUUCAA